AUGCAGGAGGAGCUGGAGGAUGACCUUGCCGCAGAGGAAGAGAACAAGUUGAUCAACGAGGAGUACAAAACUUGGAAGAAGAACGCACCAUACCUGUACGAUGUUGUCAUUACGCAUGCGCUUGACUGGCCCAGUCUGACGUGUCAGUGGUUCCCGGACAAGGAGUCGCCUGCGAACAAGCCCUACACUGUCCACCGGCUGCUUCUCGGGACGCACACGUCCGGGCAAGCACAAGACUACCUCCAGAUCGCCACCGUACACCUUCCGAAGCGCGACGACAGCGGGUCAGCAGAUAGGCUUGACCGUGCAGACUACGACGACGAGCGCGGCGAGCUCGGUGGUCACACAAUCCCUCCCCAGCCCCGCAUUCAGAUUAUUCAGAAAAUCAAUCAUGAGGGCGAAGUGAACAGAGCGCGUUAUAUGCCUCAGAAUCCUGACCUCAUUGCAACCAAAGCGGUCUCCGGUGAAGUGCUCAUCUUCGACAGGACGAAGCAUUCCAGCGAGCCGGAACGUGGUGGCGUGUGCAAACCUGACAUCCGGCUUGUGGGCCAGACAAAGGAAGGAUACGGGUUGGCUUGGAGCCCUCUCAAGGCCGGUCAUGUCCUGGGCGCGUCGGAGGAUACCACCGUAUGCCAUUGGGACAUCAAUUCGUACUCGAAAACCAAGGCCGUCAUCGAGCCGACUAAUGUCUUCAGAGGACACACGUCUGUCGUAGGAGACGUAGAUUGGCAUGCUACCGAAGAUUACACCUUCGCCAGUGUAGGAGACGAUAAGAUGUUGAUGCUCUGGGACACUCGCGAUGCGGCCAAGCCCGCUGCGCAACUACAAGCUCAUGACCGGGAGAUCCUUGCGGUCGCGUUUACACCAAAUGUCGACUUCCCCCACCUCAUUCUCACCGGUAGUGCUGACAAGACCAUUCAAUUACGCGACAGGCGUAAGCUUGACGUCCCUGUUCACAUCUUCGAGGCGCACACAGACGAGGUCCUUCACGUCGCAUGGUCACCACACAACCCGACCGUGUUUGCCUCCGCAUCGAGUGACCGUAGGGUCAACGUCUGGGAUAUCUCACAGAUUGGCGUCGAGCAAACUCCGGAUGACCAAGAGGAUGGCCCGCCUGAACUCCUCUUCGUGCACGGAGGUCACACUGCUCGCCCGACGGACUUCUGCUGGGCGCCUGGUGAGGCAGAAAGCUGGUCCGCCGGCAGCACCUCGGAGGACAACAUCGUCAUGAUUUGGCAGCCCACUAUGCGGAUAUGGGCGGGAGACGAGGUCAGGAUCGACGAAAAGGAGCUCGAGGGGGAGGCUAUGGAGGGCAUCGAGAUUGGGGAUGGUGAGACGGAUGCGGACAUCGCAGGACCUUCGGCAUCGACUGCUUGA